AAGAACUUUCUUAUGAGACCUUUCAACCGCAAGACUACGAAAUCGCCAUCCUGGAGCUUGGAAGAAGGCUAGGUUCACGCUGGAAGAUUCCCGGCUCCGGCUGGAAAUUGCUAGCUAGAAAAUACGUCGCAAUGGCUUCCAGCACGACGAAUGGAGAGACGGCCACGGCCAAGACCAAGUUACAUGGGCGGGCUUUCUAUGAAAGCAUUGGCAGUCCCAAGUUUGUGCUUGCGCCGAUGGUCGACCAGUCCGAGUUCGCUUGGCGUAUGCUCACCAGAUCGUUCCUCACACCAGCCGAGAAUUCGAAAGUCUUAGCUUAUACGCCCAUGUUUCAUGCACGAUUAUUCGAAGAGGCGCCCAAGUAUAGAGAUACGCAUUUCGAAGCUACUCAACCUUCCACACCCACAGACCCCGAACAACCUCCCCAGUCGGUACCAUUCCUCGACGGUAACCCAGCAUUUGAUCGCCCUUUAUUUGUACAAUUCUGCGCCAAUGACCCCGAGCAUCUACUUGGCGCAGCAACCCAAGUCGCACCUUUUUGCGACGCUGUGGACCUGAACCUAGGCUGUCCACAGGGCAUUGCGCGCAAAGGCCAUUACGGCGCAUUCCUACAAGAGAACCAAGAACUCAUCUACAAAUUGAUCAACACCCUUCACAAGAAACUUCCCAUACCUAUCACGGCCAAGAUUCGUAUAUUAGAGAACAAAGAGGAUACCCUAGCUUAUGCUAAGAAUGUGCUGGACGCCGGCGCAAGUAUUAUUACCGUGCACGGACGGAGGCGGGAUCAAAAGGGGCAUUUGACGGGAGUCGCAGAUUGGGAAUACCUGCGCUACUUACGGGAUAAUCUACCUAAGGAGACAGUUAUUUUCGCCAAUGGAAAUAUACUUCAACACGGUGAUUUAGAGCGAUGUCUCGAAAUCACGGGCGCUGACGCUGUAAUGAGCGCAGAAGGCAACCUCAGCGACCCUGCCAUCUUCGCGCAAGUACCCGCGCCAGGAGAAGAAGGACGGGAAUACUGGCGAGGCAAAGACGGCAAGGGCGGAUAUCGAGUCGACGGCGUGUUCAGGCGUUACAUGGACAUCAUACAUAAACACGUUCUCCAACGCGAGCCACCGACGCGAAGACCGCUAUUCGUCAUCGGAGACGACGAGACCUGGAUCGCGGAAGGGAAGGCGAGAGACGCGGAACAAGACGAGGAAGGCCCGGCGCGCAAGAAGCGGAAGAAGGACGGCGGCGCAGGAAAGAGCGAGAGGUGCACCUCGCCGAACCUUAUCGCCAUCCGGCCCCACCUGUUCCAUCUCCUGCGGCACUUCAUCUCCGUACACACCGAUAUCCGGGACGCGCUCGCUAGAUGCUACGUUGGCGAUAUCCCCGCGAUAGAAAAUGUCUUGGAGAUGGUGGAGCGCAGGGUUGCUGAGGGGUUGGUCGAGUAUGAGAGGACGGGGGGGAAGAGCGUUGAGGAAGCGCAGACGGAUCUGAAGGCGGGUCUGGAUAAGGGGUCUGCGGUGGAGGGGGAAAAUGGGGAUGAUGAGGAUGAUCUGGAGAGCUCGGUUGCGACGGUGAGGAAGUGUAAGAGGCCGUGGUGGGUUGCGCAGCCGAUUGUGAGGCCGUUGCCGAAAGAGGCUUUGGCGAAUGGGAGUAUUAGUUUGAGUAAGAAGGAGAAGAAGAAACGGGAGCUAGCGGCGAUGGCUACGGGUGAGGGUGAGGCGGCCGAGGGAGGGGUGGAUAGGGGUGUCGAAGGGGAAUUACCGGUGUCGGAUUGUGUGGAUGGUGUUAAGGAACCUUCUUUGGAUGCGAAGAGGCCGGCUGAUGAGUUGGUUUGUGGGUGAGGGGAGGUAGAGGGUGAGAUACCAUGGAUAUUAGUUGAAUGGACGACUGGGUACUAGUUAGGUGUGUUGAAAUACUUGGCUGGUCUAAUCUAGCUCACUAGAUAGUCUACUACUCCUUAAAUACGAAUCAUCUUCGCAUA